AUGACCGGCUACCUCUAUGAGCUUCCUACGACCGGCGCAUUCUCGUUCGCCGACUCUUGCGUGGAUUCCACCGCUACCUAUACCACGCACAUCGCGGAGACGACGGAAUCUCGUGCGAAUCUCCGGGCUGCUUUGAAGGAGAGCAAGCGCGCCGAUAUUGGCGAGAAGGACUUCCUCAAGCUCGUCAAGGUUCUCGACGAGUACAUCCCCAAACUGUAUGGCAUCCUGAGCUGCGUGGAGACUGCUGAGAUCGUGUUGAAAGCCGAGCCAGUGUUCAGCUGGCGGACGACCCUGUCCGCGACACUCUUCCACAACUCCCCACGACUGUCCCUCCCUGCCUUCUCCACCGAAGUCAUCUUCGUCCUCCUCACCUACGCAUUCUCCAUCUCCAACCUCUCCCGCGCCGUCGUCCACUCCCUCGGUUCCUACGAGACCGACCGCUCCACCUCCGACGCGGACCGCAAAGCCAAAGAUGACCGGCUCACCUUCGCGAUCACCCUCCUCUGCAAGGCCGCCGGCCUGUACGAGUACGUCGGGAAGCACGCCGUCGCCGCCUGGGAGGCCAACCGCGCCCGCCUCCUCUCGCUCGGCACCGUCCCCUGCCCGCGGCCGCCGCCCGACGUGAGCCGCGAGGUCGCGAUCGGGCUGGGCAAGAUGGCGCUCGCGGACGCGCAGAGCCUCGCGAUCCGCAAGCUGCUCUCCCGCGCCGCGGCGGAGAGCGCGCUCACGCCGGGCCCGCCGCUGCCGCGGUCGCACCCCGCGCCCGCGCUCGUCGCGAAGCUGCACCUCGAGUGCGCGGCGCUGUAUGGGACCGCGAGGUCGCUCGUCAAGACGCCUGGGGCGGCGCGCCCCGCGGGGAAGAGCAAGCUCCGGCUCGGCCUCGGACGGGACAGGGAGAAGGGCGCGGGGGCGGGGGAGGAGGCGGGCGACGAGGUCACGCCGGAGCUGCGGCGGUACCUUGCGGACGAGGCGGCGCUGCACGGGGCGUUGGCGCGGAAGUGGCUCGGGGUCGACGCUGGGGAGAACGGGGGCACGCCGAAGGGCGGCGUCGCGGUCGGCUUCCUGGCGUGGGCGAAGCGAAUGAUCGGCAGCGAGCGCGAAAAGGACAUGCGGGAGAGGCGGAAGGCGCGGGUGCAGGAGGAGCUGGGGAGCACGAACACGUUCUUGGUGGGGUACAAAAGGAUCAACGAUACGGUGAGCCGGCAUCCUGUUGCCAGCGGCGCUUGCCUUCCACCCGUACCCCCGCAAUCGGAACUCCAAGCGAUGAUUCCCGCAGGUGUCGCUGCAGUGGCAGUAAAGGCAUACUCGAAGCCGGUUCCAGCGUUUGGACCAGGGUCUGUGGAGUAUGCCAGGAAGCAAGCCGAGGACCUUGAGCUGCUGGACGCAUCCCCCGAUACCAAUGACGUUCACUUGUCAUCGCCCCCCGGCUCGAGCAAGUCUUACGCAGGGGCGGAUGCUUACUAUUGA